AUGAGCGGUUUUGAUGCACUAUUGUCAGCUGACUCCCAGAACAAACCGGGAGAUUCUAAGCUAAUCGAUUGUAUUAAUACUAAAUCAGGAGAAUCUUUUGAAAUUUUACCUCAGUAUAGAUACCAUUUGAUCGAGGAUUCCAAUUAUCGUUCCAGGUGUACUUACAAGUUCGAAAUUGCCUUGAUCGCCCAGAAGGACAAUUUUGUUAAUAACAUACAGAAAGAUUCAUGUGAUGAUACUGUUUUGGUUGAGGAAGGCAACAUAAAUACAGAUGAAAUUUACAUUAAUUCCAUAAAAUUAUCUGAAGAUGAUCUAUGUAAAUUAGGUGGAUUUUAUAAAUCACAAAUAAGUCCCAAAAAAAUCAACUUAGUCUCUCCAGAUGAUUUAAAGUGGGCCGAGUACACUCUUAGCUGUCGAGACUGGAUAAUCUUGGAAGAUAAUUUGCUAUCAAUAGAUAUAGAUCUAAUUCGAUGUGUAAAUACUUUGGCAUUCAGAAUAGGAGUUCGGGUAGAUUCUAGAUUAAACUACCUGGAUCUAAAAAUUAGCUCAAUUUCAUGUGCAAACGAAGUCGAGUUAUUAAAAAAAAUAAACAAUUUAAUAAUAAAGUGUAGAAAUUGCGGAUUGGAACUAGAGUCGAUAUCAAAUUUUUAUCCAUUUUCAUUACCCUCGGAGUUAUAUAGAAACAGCAUAGGUUCAAUAUAUUGCGAGGAGUGUCAGGAUAAUUUAGUAAAGGAUAAAUCUGGCUGUGACGAUUUGCAGGUGUCACGUAAACAUAAUAUAUUGUACAUAUCAGACGAAGCAAUAACAGUAAAUUCCCCGUCGAAAGAGUUGGUUAAAAAUAAAAUACUGCACUAUAAUCGGAAAAAUAAAGAGGAAUCGCUAGGAAUUAACGGUGUAGAAGGUGGGCACAUCAGUUGCUCAAAGUGUAAGAUAGCCAUAGGAUCUAACAAUAGCAGUUCAGUGUCGUAUAUAAAGAGCAGAGUAGCGGCAAUAGCAGAAGGUUAUGACUUGUUCUGGAGGAACUCUGAAUCCGUAGAGAUCAUAGAAAAAAUACAAUUUGAGGAUAGCCUUAAGUUGACACUAAGAUUUAAUUCCGAAAGCAUAAGUAUAAUCAAGGUAACCAGAGAGCCGGAUACCUUUAUAUUCGUGCAAAAUAACCCAGUUCUGACGAGUAGAAUACUGUAUAAAAUUGAAACAACUGGAGCUGAAAACUCUGACAAUCGCAACAAGAGCGUUGAUAAAGACGCCGAAAAAAACGCAAAUUCACACAGAGAGGAAAGGAGGGAGUUUAAAAUGAAGCCCGUAAUACUAGAGAUAUGUCAAGGUUUCGAGUCCUCGAACAGAAUAUAUGAAAGCUACAAGAGGGGGCAUCAAGAUGAAUAUGAGGACGUAAUGAACGGAAAGGUAGAGGGAAGUGUAUUAGGCAGUGACCACGCAUCAAAAUACGAAAGAGAGUACGGGAGCACGGAUGAAAUUUUCCGGAAAAUCAAAAACGUGUUGACAAACCCGGGAGGAUUGGUAGCAAUACCGACGGAGACAGUGUACGGACUCGCCGGAAACAUAUACAUAGAGGAGUCCCUGAGGAGGAUAUUUGAAAUAAAAAACAGGCCCUUCAACGACCCGCUGAUAGUCCACGUGGACUCGUUCACAAGCGCACUCGAGGACCUGUACGACGUAAACGUGUUCGAGGCGUUCCUGAUGCUGUACCUGGCUAAUAGGUUCACGCCAGGACCACUGACGAUUGUGGCAAGAUGUAACAGAGGAGUCUCAGGGCUGCUGACGAAUAACACGGGGUACCUGGCGACGAGGUGCCCAGACAACGAGAUCUGCAGAGCACUGCUGAGGUACCUCAACAUACCGCUGGCAGCGCCGAGCGCAAACAAGUUCGGACACAUAUCGCCGACGUGCGCAGAGCACGUGUACGAAGAGUUCGCACACGAAAAACUACACAUACUGGACGGAGGUCAGUGUAAAAUAGGAAUAGAGUCGACGGUGAUAAAAAUAACAACAAUCGACGAGCCGGAGAUCAUAUGCAUCGAUAACCGCUACACAUUCUCAGGAAUUAAGGAACAAGUGGUAAAAAGAGUAUACAGAGAAUGCAGGAAGGCAGUAGUGGAUAUGUACGGAGAAAGAGAUUCGACGGCAGGCUCGGGAUACACCACGGACUCUGGAUCGAAAAAAGAACACACGUACAUGCACAAAAGGGCCUUAUCACCAGAUGAUUUCAGGGCAGAUGAAGCAGAGGAGCAGUUAGCCUCACCAAGAAGAGCAGUGGUCAGCUGUGUGAACGGAAGAAUAGACCUCUUUGACCUCUUGAAGAAGUACCAGAACGUCAAGUUCAAGGUUGAGAUACUGAGAAAGGGAGCGGUGACCUACGAGCACCUGCGCUACACACUCUCGGGAUUCGAAAACGUAAAAGUGACCGAAUAUGAACGGAGGCCUGAAAAGAAGUCGGAAUCAGAAAAGGCCAGAGAAGAAAAGGUGGUUUCCGAAGUUAUGGCUGAGGAUAGGAUACUUCCAGAGGAUCUGUUGGAAGACACGAUAGUUUCUGACCAUAUUUUGGAGGAUGUGAUAGUCCCUGAAGGUAUGGUUGAAGAUGUAAUAGUGCCGGAACCUGUGUUGGAAGAUAGGAUAGUUUCUGACCAUAUUUUGGAGGAUGUGAUAGUCCCGGAAGUUAUGUUGGAAGAUGUUAUAGCCCCGGAGCGUAUGUUGGAGCAUAGGAUAGCGCCCGAAGGUGUGUUGGACGAAAAGGUGCUUUUUGAAGAUGCGUUGGCAGAUAAGCUGGUGCCAAAAGCGUUGUUGGAGGACAACGUGGAUAUAUUCGAAAACAUAGAAAAGUAUAAGCUCCUGGAGAAGGAGCUCGAGGACCUGAGUAACGGAACCCUGACGGUCUCAGGACUGAGGAACAUAAUAUCGACGCUGAAGAGGCUGAGGGCACAGAAGGCAAUGAGCAGCAUGAGCACGGCAGCAGAUGAGUUCUUAAGCGCCCGCGACUACAACGAAGAGGACUACCUCACCGUCAACGACAUCGACGACAUCAUCAGCGUUGACCAGUUCGACUGCAACGACGACGACUACAUGAGCGUGGACGAAGCCGACAACAGCAUGGUAUGCUUCAUUGACGACCUCAGCGAUGGCCUUCAGAAGGACAACAAAGGCGCUGUUGUCCCUGGCGGUAUUGCUGACACUAUUGCCAACGGAUAUGUGGACUGUAUUUCCGAAGGAACUGUUAACAGUUGUGCCAACAGCAUGUACGGGAGUCCAAAUCCCGUUGCUAGUGCUAUUUCCGACGGCUCCGUUAAUAGUAUCUAUGGUACCCCUAAUGGCAUUCCUGAUAGUUUCGCUAACGCUAUUGUUAACAGGGCAGUGAAUAUGGCCAGCGGUGGAGCUCUUGGUGGAGACAACGGCACUGCCGUUGGCAGUAGUGCCGGCACCGUUGCAAAUGGCGCUACUAACGGCAAGGAUGCCUACCAGGGCACUGAGGGUGACCGCACAGGGGAUCCUGGUGCAACCAGUGCAGAAAACAGCGUCCGCACCAACGCUUCGAGAAUCAACAACAGCUACGUUCGUAGAUUGCUGGACCGCGCGCUCGACAACAAUGACACCGGUAAGGACAAAGAUAUCAUUAUUGAUGAAAUUAGUGGAAAGAACAGUUUUUGUUUUGAUGACCUUGGUAAGGGUGGCGUUGACGGUCAUGAUAAUGAAGACGGUGGCAAACAACAACCUGUUUCAGAUGAAGACGAUCUGAGGUUCGAGGCGCCAGGCAUGGCUCUGACGCACUACGCACCGAACGUGCCGACGUACCUGGUGGUGGUCACCAAGGACAACACCACGCUGAGUGGGAGUAGCGGAGAUGAGGACGGGGAUGACAGGGCCCGCACGGAGGGCCCAGUGGGAGGAGCGGCCAGCGGCGCUAACAAUGGCAGCACGUUGAAGAAGGUAGAUUGCAGCAACAUAGUCAUGAUCGACAUCGGAUACAGGUUCAAGAGGCACUCGGGCGCCUUCAGGGAGUACCUGCCGGUGAAUAACGAGCCCACCUCGGUGGCGAAGCAGCUGUACUCGGUCCUGAGGAGGGCGGAGUCGGCGGCUCAGCACGGCGCGGGCGGCCCCUCCGACGUGCAGGCCGUCAUAGCGAUACACUUCAACGAGCGCAAGACUCAGCUGUACUCGGCCAUACACGACAGGAUCACCAGGUCCACGUCGGGAAAUCCAAUAUACGCGCAGAUAGGCGACCAGGAGCUGGAGUUUUUGGUCAACUAA